AUGUACGCGGUGCUGGUCCACAGUCCAGAUAAAAAGAAAUACAGGAAAGUCCCCCUGCUGGAGGAGAGCGAGAACUGCAUCUGUGCCUUCAGAGCAGAUCCAAACCCUCACUUCAUCUGGAGACCACAGGCCAUGUGUGGGACUCACGAAUUUUUCCUGGAGGAACAUGAGGAAAAUCUGUCCAUUAGAGAUUUUAUUCCUGUUCAGCGUUACGUGUGGGAUCAUGUGAGUCUGGUUCUGGACGUGGGCGAUAAGGUGCUACGGUUCACAGAGCAGGAGCUGUGCAGAGGUUUGAGAUUCUGUAAGAAGGACCCAGUCGCCGAUAGAGUGUAUUCCUACCUUAAAAAGUUUCCAUUGUUCGAAGAAGCCAACACCAUAGUGCAGAAGCUGUGGCCCGAUUCCGUACCACUGCAGAAGUUUGAGGGGUCUGACUUCCACAUUUACAAAGAAGACACGGAAGAGGAGAAGGAAGAGGAGAGGAGAGAGGGAAGAGACGAGAGAGAGGAGACAGAGAGGGAGGGUAAAGAAGAGGAGUGA